AUGGAUCGACUCACGCGCAAAGACGAUGGCGACGCUCUUCCGUUGUACCAAAACUCCCAGGAGCCAGGGUCAGCCGGGCUUCCUGGGAACGAGCGUCCUUGGUCUGCUCCCCCAAGGGCGAUGAGCCCUCGGACGACGUCGGCACAGUCAAGAACCGUGGCCGACGAGUAUUCUUCCCUUACUCCAAUCGAGAUAGCCUCACGCCUGAAGACCUCUCUGACCCAUGGUCUCACACCCGCCGAAGCCCUCUCAAGGUUACGCGAUUACGGCCCAAACGAAAUACCCCAUGACGAGCCCGAGCCAAUAUGGCUACGUUUCAUCAAGCAGUUCCAGGAGCCGCUGAUCCUGCUGCUCCUCGCCUCUGCUGGCGCCUCGAUUUUAGUCGGAAACAUGGAUGACGCUGUGAGCAUUACAGUUGCCGUGACCAUUGUGGUCAGCGUGGGAUUUAUUCAGGAAUACCGUUCCGAGAAAUCGAUCGAGGCUCUCAACCAUCUUGUUCCGAACCACGCCCAUCUGGUCCGGAAACAAAUGUCGAAUGCAACGCCCGCACGCUCUCCGAACUGGCCGGGCGAGAAAACCCCGGAUCUUCCGACCUCUGGUUCCGUCACUCCCGAGGAGGAGGUGUUGGAGGCCACAUCGUCCAAAGUGAUGGCAGCACAACUUGUGCCGGGGGACCUCGUGCUCUUCACCACGGGGGAUCGCAUCCCCGCCGACAUCCGGGUGACCAAAGCGGCCGACUUGACGAUAGACGUCUCGAACCUCACGGGAGAAAACGAGCCCGUUCGAGUGACCGCGAACACCCGCCCGCGCCGUGCGAUCGGGGUCCCUACCUAUGGCAACGCCACAUUACAGCUGCCUCAACCAUCCUUUGCGGGGGCCAGUGAUGCACAAUCAGGAGGGCAGGCGAAGGCGGAUCAUGAUGGGCUGCACAACAUCGCUUAUAUGGGCACGUUGGUCAAAUCUGGGCACGGGCAAGGCGUUGUCUUUGCGACUGGCGGCGACACACACUUUGGCACUAUCGCAACUAGCGUGUCCGGAACGGAAAGCCCUCGCUCGCCGCUGCAGGUUUCCAUGGAUGAGUUGGGAUCCCAAUUGAGCAAGGCAUCGUUCGUUAUUAUCGGCCUUAUCUCGCUCAUUGGCUGGUUUCAGGGGAAGAAGCUGCUUGAGAUUUUUACCAUAUCUAUCUCGCUGGCUGUAGCAGCAAUUCCGGAGGGCCUACCUAUCAUUGUGACCGUGACUCUCGCCCUGGGCGUCCAUAGGAUGGCCAAACAUAAUGCGAUUGUGCGGAGGAUGCCUAAAGUUGAGACGCUAGGGUCCGUAAAUGUGGUUUGUACCGACAAAACAGGCACACUGACGACAAACCACAUGACUACGGCAAAAAUGUGGUAUUUUGGGACGAAAGAAGUCAUGGACGUCGAGUCUGAAGACGAGGAAGCCGAGGCGAAGCUGGAUGCUGCGGGACUCAGAAUUAUGCGCAUUGGAAAUAUUGCCAAUAAUGCACGACUCGCCCGGCAAUACACCGAGAACGGGGCGGCCGCCAGAGCGGUGCUCUCUUCGACACAGAACAAGCGCCACACGUCGACAUACACGCGCUGGGUCGGCCAGCCUACUGACGUUGCAAUGCUUGACUUGCUCGACCGCUUCAAAGAACACGACGUUCGCGACUCGAUUGGGCCCCGAGUGACGGAGACGCCGUUUAGCUCGGAGCGGAAGUGGAUGGGCGUGACAAUCGGUACCGAGGGAGGCAAGCACGAUAAGGAGUUUGCCUACAUGAAAGGCGCCAUCGAUAAGGUCCUUGAGGCUUGCGAUACCUAUGUCACCAAGGACGGCCGGGAAAUCGUGCUUGACUCGGCACGGCGGCAGGAGGCUCUGGACGCUGCUGAACGGAUGGCCGCCACCGGGCUGCGGGUAUUGGCUUUCGCCAGCGGCCCCGUCGCAAAGUCUCGAAGUAAGUCGGUUGCCCGGGCACCUGGGCCCGAUGGAGCCGAUAGCCCGAUCCACCAUGGUGUCGAGGAGCAGUACAAGGGGCUCACUUUUGCGGGGCUUGUUGGUAUGAGUGACCCUCCGCGGCCUGGUGUCGGGCGAUCCAUCAGGAGGUUGAUGCGAGGCCGAGUGAAGGUCAUCAUGAUCACUGGUGACGCCGAAACCACAGCGCUUGCUAUUGGCAAGCAGUUGGGUAUGGCUAUCGCCCCUGAGUCUACACAUACGUCAAAUCAAGUUACCGUCAAGCCAGUCCUUCGCGGCGAUGAACUCGACGCCAUGUCCGAUGAGGACCUCGCAAGGGCCAUGGAUCACACCACCAUUUUUGCACGGACAAACCCCGACCACAAGCUGAAGAUCGUCAGGGCGCUCCAAUCCCGCGGCGAUAUUGUCGCUAUGACGGGUGAUGGCGUCAAUGAUGCGCCAGCUCUGAAAAAGGCAGAUAUCGGCAUUGCCAUGGGCAUGCAUGGCACCGACGUUGCUAAGGAGGCUGCCGAUAUGAUUCUAACGGACGAUGAUUUCUCCACUAUCCUCCACGCCAUCGAAGAGGGGAAAGCCAUCUUCAACAAUAUCCAAAACUUCCUUACCUUCCAGCUCUCCACCAGUGCUGCCGGUCUCUCUCUUGUCUUGCUUUGCACUGCGUUGGGAUUCAAGUCCCCGCUCAAUGCGAUGCAAAUUCUUUGGAUCAAUAUUAUCAUGGAUGGCCCACCUGCCCAAUCCCUCGGCGUCGAAGCUGUCGACAAGGACGUCAUGAACCGCCCGCCUCGCCGGCGUGGCGAUGCAGUCCUCACCCGCCGCCUGCUCACCCGCGUCCUCACGCAAGCGGCAAUUAUCAUGGCUGGCACCAUGCUUGUCUACACCCAUGAAAUGCUCGAAGACGGCCAGGUAACCCGCCGCGACACUACCAUGACAUUCACAUGCUUUGUGUUGUUCGACAUGUUCAACGCUCUGAGCUGCCGCUCCGAGAGCAAGAGUGUGCUGCGCGGCGAGGUUGGCUUGUUCAGCAACCUUCUGUUCAACUGGGCUGUGGCGGGGAGUUUGUUGGGUCAGUUGGCGGUCGUGUAUUUUCCUUGGCUGCAGGAGGUUUUCCAGACGGAGGCGCUUGGAUUCCGGGAUCUUGUAGGGCUGGUGGUUCUUUGCAGUACCGUGUUUUGGGCGGAUGAGGUGCGGAAAUGGUUACAGUACGGAAGGGGACGGAGGGUGUUUGCGGGUGGAAGUUAUAGUCAAGCGGUUUAG